CCUAUAAAACAUGAAAUAAAAAACUUCAACUCCUUAGCCUUUUCAAGUCGAUUACGAAUUCAAAAUACAAUACAAAGCCGAUACCAAACAAAAUAGAAUUCAAAAUUAACUCAAAAAUAAAGUACAAUCAACUCAACCCACAAACGACAAUCAAAACCAUAAACGCGAAUCGAUUUGUAUUUUUAAACAAUUACAGCUCUUUAUACUACAUACAUGUAAACAAAAACAAACAAAAAGAAAAAAAUCAUAAAAGGGAUUUCCAAACCCUAACCUUCAAUUCUUUGGGAACCGAGAUGAACUAAGAUCAACCGUAAAACAAUGUGAAGCCAAUCGUCCUUUAUCAGCCAGAAGAAGCUACUCCCGAGCUUGAAUAACUCCUAUUGGUAUCGGCGGAGAUUACAAAGUGAUUGUAAUCGAUGGUUCUCAACGAGGAAAGACGACAUAAGGAAGACGACAGAAGGAGGACGACGGAGAGACGUGAUGACGAUAUCGUCGUCUCCGACGAACGUAGAUGACCAAAAGAAAGAAAGUGUCGACGGCGGUGAAAUGAAAUCGCCUCUGCCUUUUAGAAACGGAAGUCAGAGACGAAGAAGUUAUAUAUUUUUUUACUAGUUACGUUUCCUUUUUACUUCUUGCUAUUAAGUAUUAACUGUAUUUUAUAUUUUUAUUAAAAAGGACAAAACAUGUUUUUCAUAUUUUUUUGUUCUAAAGGGACAAAGAUUGGGUUUUUUAUUCUAAGGAAACAAAAAUAUAGUUCUUUUGUUCCUUAUCGGCAAAAAUCCCUAAAAUUGUUUAAGUAUAACCUAUUUAAAUUAAUACUCUAAAAAUUAAUAUACACUAAAAAUCUUUAUAAAAUAAUAUAAUUUUAUAGUUCCAAAUUGAAAUUUUGGUUCAAUUAGUAUAUCGAUAAAUUAAUAUUUCUAUAAAUUAAAAAAUAUAUAUAUAGUUUUGGUGUAGUCCCAACAUUAUUAAUUUAUAGAAAUUUCACACUGUAGUUUUAUUUUAAAGACAUCACUUCUAAAAUACAGUUGAUAUUCCUUUGUAAAUAAAAACCGUUGAUAUCCAUUAUAUUUGCGUAAUUGUUAACUAAACAAAAUUAAAACUUGUACACCUAUUCUGGAUAGUACGGACUAAUAAUGUCAUAAUAUAUGAGUGAGAUUCAAUCUUGUUUAUAAAUAAUAAUCAGAAAAUAUAAUAGGGGAGAGUGCUUUUACAAAACAGAAAACGUGGCGACACGUAGUGCCACCUCAUGAACCAUGUGGAAAAUCGAUGUGUUUUUCUAAAUGCUCAUUCCAGUAAAUUAAAACAACGAUGACUGGUCUGGUCGGAAGAGUCAGAAAUUCCAUAAAUAGUUUAUGAUUAAGUUCUAAACAACCUUAUGGAUGGUACUUAUCAUAAUCUUUACUGUGCGUUUUAAAUGAUAAUUUCGAAAUUGUUUGCUUAGAUAACGUAGAUUCAGUGAACUACUACCUAGUUACAUAAAUAUUUCCUAAAUAUGUGCUUAACGAAGGUCGAUGUUGAUGUAACCGAAAGAAUUAAACCUAACAAAAGACUGUUAUAUUAGCUAAAGUACUACUGAAACAGUAAGUAGUGGUCACAAAGUCAAAACAGAAUCCAACGAGUCGGAUCUAUUAGCCAUUCUUUCACAUAAAUACAAAUAAAUCUUCACAAUAUCAAUUUAUAAUAUUCGUCGGUGAAUUUAUUAUCCAUAUAAAUUCAUAUUUUACCCCUUAUUGCUCCCCGGAAUGCGUCGGCUUUUGAUCAGUCUUUAGGCAUGCUUAAAAUUGAACAAAUGCGAAUUUUAAUUGUUCUUUAAUUUAAGACUAGGAUAAGAAUUGCAACUUGGGCACGGUGAAAUUAUAUGGAAAUUAUUUAAAAAAUAUCAUAUGGAAAAAUAAAAUUUAUAUUCUUGAUCGAAUUAAUAUUUUUGGCCCUUGAACAAUUUUUUAAAUUUUUUUUUGUUAAUGACAUAAUUUAUUUAUUGAUGAGCUGAUCCUAUUUUUAAAAAUAUUUUAGAUCAAAAAAUCAUAAGAACCUAACGUUUAGGCCGAAGAAUCUCAGGUCUAUUAUUUGGUUACAAUAAAACUAUGCCAGCUCGGAUUUAUAUCAUGAUUUAGCAAAUUUAAAAGUUAAUUAUGGUUAUGAAAAGUUUACGUUCACGUGUCAAUCUUGUAUAUCUUCAAUAUUUUUUUUAUAUUUGUCUUGUUUUUUUUUCAUUUUGGUUAUUGCUCGAUAUAAAUAUUAAUUUUUGAGUUUAUUAUCAUUUCGUUAUUUUGUUUUGGUCUGAGAUUUAGAAAAUGUUUGAGGUUUAAAAUUAUUAAAGAGAUACAUACUUAAGUUAAGAUCCACACACCUUAUGCAGAAUAAAUAUUUUAUAUUUAUUACUCAUUUUAUGUUUUUCUGCAUAAUAUAAAAUAAUAAAAUAAUAAUUAUAUAUUAAAUAAAAUAAUUAUUUGAAAACGACCACUCUUGUUUAUUUGCAAUCAUUUUAGGGUAAAUAAAUCUAAACAAUCAAUCUUAUCUAUCAUAUAUGAUAUAUAAUUAAAUUUCAAAUGAUAUUAACAUAGAUAUAUAGUAUACUUUUAAUAUGAGUAUUUAUUAAAUGAGGUUUCUACUCAUAUGAUUUUAUGAUUAUUUUCAUAUUUAUGUAACAAAAUUUUACACCAACGAUUUGCUUUUAAUGUGAAAUGUUUAGUGGUUUCAAUAAUUUAUAAUCAUUUUACGAAAAACAAUGAAGAUUUCAAAAUUAAAAUAUUAAUUUUUCAAUAUAUGUUCAAUGCAUAUAUGAAAAUAUAAGCAUGUAUUUUCAUAUUAUGUAUAGUUUAAUUUAAACGAUAUAUAUAUAUAUAUAACAUAAACACCUAUUAAAAUAAAAUAUUUAUUCAUAUGAUUUUAUAAUCAUCCCCUAUAUAUUAAUUGAGAAUCAUUUAAAAAGUUGUAACCUUAAGUUUGUACAAAUUAAAAAGUGGCUCUACUUAGAUCACUUAAUUAAGAUGUCAAUUUAGCUUACGUGGCAGCUUAAAAAUCAAUUGAAAAAAAUGUUGGUCCAAAUCUAAUUACUCGAGAACAUUAUAUUAACCUAAAAUAUAAGAAGUAUGUAUUUUUUCCUUAAAUAAAAGCUACAGAAUUACCUAAUAUAAUUAACAUAUAUAUUGCAGUUAAUGAUUAUGAAUAAUAAAGAUUUGAUAACAAUUUUUGCAUCCUUCUUCAUUUUUGUUUAAUUUUAUAUUAUUAAAAAAAAUAAACAAUCACAUUAACCAUAUAAUAAAAAAAUUAUAUUUUUUCUUAUAUGUUAUAUUUUGAAUUUUUUAAAAUGUCUUUAAACUACAAAAAUGAGGAAACCUUAUAUGUUAUAUUUUAAAUUUUGUUAAAACGACUUUAAAAUACAAAAAUGAGGAAACCUUAUAUUUUAUAUAUGUUAGAUUUUCUCUUAUUGUUAUAUUUUGAAUUUUAUAAAAACGACUUUAAAUUACAAAAAUGUAAGUUUUCAUUAAAUAUACGACUAAAAGCAUUAAAAUGAUAUGUAUCAGUUUGAUGGUUGAUCUGAAACCUUUCAAACCAUAUGGAACAUAAAUGUCAAAAUAAUUCAACUAUGGAAACAAUACCGUUCACUUUUUUCAAGAAUGUAUUCGAUGAAAAAAAUAAAGUUUUUGUGUCAUAAUUUGUUUAAUAUCAAAUCCGAUCAAUCCAUGAUAUAUUAGUUAUAGUUUUUUCCACUAUUUUUAAUAAAAAUUGAUUCAAUCCAUCAGAAAGAAAUUAUAUAAUAACAACAAAAAAUAUUAUAUAUGUAUAAAUAAAAUGAUCAAAUAUAAAAUUACAUUAUCGAUAAUAUAUACAAAUAAACUCAAUUUGCGCAAGACACAUGUCUUAUCCUAGUUGUAUCUUAUUAUAGAAAAUAAUUUAAACCUUGAUCAUUAAAGUUUAUGUGAGACUUUUAAUAGUUCUAGUAAUUUAUACUCGUUUUGAAAAAUUCAAAAUACAUCAUAUACAAAAAAAUAUAUAAAUUUGUAUUAUAUGAUUAAUGUAAUUGUGUAAUUUGUUUUAAUAAUAAAUAAUUAAACAAAAAUGAUAGAAAGUAUACAGAUUAUUGUACAAAUCUUUAUUAUCUAAAGUCAUUAAUUGUCAUAUAUAUCUUAAUCAUAUUAGGUGAUUUCGUAGGUUUUAUUUAAGGAAAUAAUAUAUAAUAAUUUUAAUUUGAUAAAUGAAUGGUCCAUAAUGAACAUAUUAUAUAACAUAAUAUUCUCUAUCAAUUUAAUUUUGGACCAACAAAAUUUUUAAUUGAUUCUUAAGCCACCACGUACGCAAAAUUAGCAUUCUAAUUACGUGACAACUCAGCAUUCAGCAUGAGGUUUUUUAAAUGUUUCUCUAUUAAUAUAUAGGGAUUGCUUGUGUAUUGAAACGCAGAAAGACGUUCACGUGUUUGAUAAUAUAUUUGUAUUAUUUUCGUGGGUGCGGAUUCUACUAGAAGUGGCAUGAAUUGAAAAUUAAGAUUUAAGAGAUAUAUAUUAUUUGAUAUGUUUUGUCUAAAUAAUUAUUAUUUGAUAUCUUCUGCAGUUAUCUGAUUAUUCACUAAAUUUUUCUAUUUAAAUCGGAUAUUAAAUUCGAUUCAUAUAAAUAAAUAAAAAUUUAAAAAUAUUAAUUUCCUAUUACAAAAAAAAAUCAAUUACCUUGUAAAAAGUUUAGUCACUAAAAUAAUAAAUUUAAUAAAGAAAAAUAUUAUAAACCUUAUAUAAAAUAUAAAAGUUAUAUAAUAUAUAUUCAUAUUGCGAAUCUAAUCAUAUAUCUUUCCUUAAAUAUUAUUAUCUGUGAUUUAAUUCAUUUUUACGGAUAUUGUCUGUUAAUAUAUAUGAUAUGUUUUGUAAAGUAACAGAUAUUCAAUUUUUUUUAAUUCAAAUCAAAAUAGAUAGUGAGUUGAAUUUAAUUUUACAGAUAUUUUGCAUAGUCUUAAAUUCGAGUGCAUGUAUCUUUUGUGUCAUAUCUCAUAAAUGCAGAGAUAUCGUACCGCAAAAAAAAUUGUCUACACUGUUUAUAUGUUUGAGAAUAUGAUCAUAUAUGUCAUGAAUGAAUGGGUGUGAAUCAAUAGCUUAUCUUGCAGUAAUCUCAUAAAUGAUCGCAUCUGAUAUACAUGAUACAACUCAUACAUACUUCACUAAUAUAUUUUUUGGAAAAUAAUUUAAUUAAAAAUUAAAGGCAUAACAGCAAAUAUAAUGAUGAAAUCAAACCGAUUAUUUUUAGAUGCUACAAAGAGAAUAUACAUAGAACCGAAUACAUUAAAAGUCUAACAAGAAUCAGUAUCAACAAUUCAAUAUCAAAUGAAUCAUAAUGAUAUUAGGAUUUGGUCUGCAGAAAUAGUAACAGCACGCCAUGUGCAUUUAGUUAGAAGCAUAUAUCUACUGUGGAUUCUUAUUUUGCGUUUAAAAAUGAGUGAUCAAGGUUAGUAUACAUGCUAAUUAAUUGCUACCAUAUUCUUUCUUAUGCGAUAAUUUAUAUGUACUUUAAUGAAUAUUAUGUGGUUUGCUUUUUUUCUUACCCAGCGUUUAUGGCAUAACCGUGUCUUGUUCAUUCAACUUUUUAAACUAAAUUACAUAAGUUGGCACAAUGAUUUGCCUACUAGUUAGAACUUAGAUGUAACUCAUUGGAUCUCAGAAUCAAUAUAAUCAAUUCAAUACAAAUCAUAUAACGUACUCAAUAACACAACUAAUUUAUUCAGAAUCAUAACAUACAUAUGUCGAUAAUAUUUAAUGAUACAUUAUGUUUUUCUUAUGUAAACGAUUAUGUCGCAUUUUAAAAGUAGAAAGAAAGAAAGCAGGACAAGCUUUAGCAAUAUAUUUUGUAAGUUGCGAUUAAUUAAUGGAGAAAAUCCAAAAACUCAAACAAUAAUUAAUACUAUGGGGUUUUGACAAUAUAUAAUAUAUAUGAAGUAGAAGGCUGCUAAGGAAUACCAAGACGAAUAAUUAGGUCACGACAAAGAAUGUUAAAUCCGUCACUCUUUCUCCAACCAAAACGCAUAUAAACUUCCUUACUUGGUAUCAGCCUAUCUUUCCUCGAUUAUUAUUUCCAUCGUUUUAAUUUAAUCAUAUAUGUAUUUACGUGUUGUAUAUAUUUCACAUAUUUGUGAGCAUCCAUAUAAUGUAUGUAUAGUUUUCUACUAAAUAAUAAAUAUUAUAUGUUGUUAUGUUUUUCUGGUAAAAUAUAUGUUGUUAUGUUGCUAUGCACUAGGCCUAUAUAUGAAUUAAUGAUUUGAUUUUAAUUUUUUGGCGAAGUCUCAGUGCAAUUUUUCAAAAAUAUGGGGAUUUAUGCUAAAAAUAGAACAUCGACAUGACUAAUUGACUAUAUAGCUACAUUACACUAGUAUUAUUAUUCUGAAAGAUAUCGAGUACAUAAUCAGAAGUAUGUAAGUUAGUGUGUUUAACGUUCAUGAUAAGCCAGAUACUAUGAAAGAUUUUCAAUAAACGUGCCAAUCAAAAAUAAAAUAUGAAAAAGUAAGUAAAGUAAUUUCAAAUAAUUUGUAGCCAGUCAAUACAUCUUGCAAAUACGUAGAAAAUUAAACCGACCUGCCAUCCAAAAGCCAAAAACGUGAGUCUACUAGCUUCACAGCUAUUGCAAUAUUUUAUGAUCAAGAACUCGGUAAACUUCUUUUUCACUGAGUGAUAAUUAUGAUUUUUAUUGUUUAGCUAAGUAGUCUUAUAUUAUAUCAUAACGUCAAUUCUACAAGAAAACAUGAUAUGAUAAUCCGAUGUUGAACGGAAGGAAUUAUCAAAGAGAAAAUUUAAUAUUUUGGUCUGCCCUAAUGUUAGGUAACUAUUCCAUCGGAGGAGAAAACAAAAAUCAGGCAACUAUUUUUUUGUAAUUGAGAUUCUUAAACUAGAUCAAGAACAAUUACGUGACAUUACGGUUCGAUGAGAAUGUGCAAUGUCUAAUUAAGGAUAUGUAUAGUGGUAUCAAUCUAUGUUUCCGAUUAACCAUGCACUAAGGUCAAUAUACUGAUAGCACAGCCUGGUUUAUAAUUUAAUUUUCAACUGCAAUAUUUUUUCGUUGAAACUUAUUUGAGGACUUUUCUUAAACUUUCGCUAAUAUUUUUUUUUGUUUCUAAAAGAUUUUUCUGAAUUAUAUAGAGUAGGCAUUCUGAUUACUUUUAUUACUACACGCGAAAUAUGGGAAGAAAAUAUUUGAAAAUAUUUAGUUUUUAUAUAUGAAAAAAUCAAUUUUUCAGAAAAGUAAGAAUAAAAAAAAUCGUGGAGAUAGAGUUUUCUUAUUUGAGGAUUUUUAAUAUUUUUGUUUUAAUUAUUUUAAUUAUUUAUUAUAUUUUAAUAUUUAACAAUUGUUUUGUUAAUUAUAAUAUCAAAUUUAUAAUUGAAAUCAAAAGUAUUAUUGUCAUUUUAAAAAUAUUUAACCUAAUGGGACAUAAAAUAUAUGACAUUAAUCUAAUGAGCCAUACUUAUCAUUUUUUUUUUGCUUAAAAAAAACAAUUUUCCAAGAAUAUUUUACUCUAAGCAGAUGUUAAACCGAAUCCUUUUCAGUAACAAUUAACUGUACCAAUGCAUUUUAUUUUAUUCUCCUGUCUAGGCGGCUGUUUUAGUGAUUAUUAUAUGGAAAUUUCGUAUGAAAACAUUGGCCGAUUAACUUUGUUUCUUAUAGUACAAGUCUUGGAAGGACGUGUAACCUAAGAGAUGACUCACCGAUUUCUCCGCCACAUUCGGGUCCCUCUAAUUAAGGGUUUUCAUUUUAAAAUAUAAAUUGAUAUGAUACACUAAAUUAUUACCCUCUAAUUAAGAUUAGCUUUGUUUCUUAUAGUAUCAGAAUGUUUUUAAUCUCCCAAAAAAUAUUUUAUUUGCCACAAGUUCUAUAUAUAUACAGCUAUUUUAUAGAUAGUGAUAUAGGAUAUAUCCACCAUGAACAAAUUAUCAAAUUUCCAGCUCAUUAAUAGGUUUCUCCAUCUGCAGGAAUAUAUACAAACCUCACAGAUAGGCCAAUAUUCUAGUAUCAUAUAUAUAUAUAUAUAUAUAUAUAUAUAUGUAUCCAUAUAUUAGUAUGAUUGAUAUUCAUUAGAUAUGAUAUUAAUGUCAGUUGAUAUUUAUAAAGCCAAUAAUAAAUCACCUGAAAAUAAAGUUAAUAGAGCUGUCCCAUUCAUUUUUUAUUUAUUCAAUAUUUUUUUACUCCCUCGAUAUACAAAUUACUGAUGACUUGAUAUUUUAGGUUUUUUCAUUGUAUACAAGAGUGAUGUUCUAAUUUUAAUUAAUACAUUUUAUUUUAAAACUAAAACAUAACUAAAAUCUAAAAAUAUGAAUUGUAAAAUUUUAUUGGAAAGCAAAUAAAACUAAUAUAUCAAAGUAUGUAUUUCUCUUUAUUAGGGGGUGAAUUGGUUUAAAACCCUAGAAAAAUGAAGAAAUUAAAAAAAUAUUUAUGAUGUGACUAGUUUGUGUCUAUGGAGAAAGAUAUCACAGUGUGAGAUUUAGGGUAUUUAGUUAAUUAGGGUAAAAGUCUAGUGCAUGGAGUGCAAUUUUUCUUUAUUAGGUGUAAAUCCUAAACAUCAAUCUUAUAAGUCAAGAGGGGAUACUUCUUCUUAUAUGUGGUUUAUUUUUUACCCAAUAAUAAGUUUAAACUUUUAAGCAAAAAAAAGGAAAAAGUUUAAACCGUCCUUUAAAAAGUUUAAACUGUCUUUUGUCUUUUGCCCUGUUACAAUAAAUAUGAUCGACCCGAGAGAAAUGGUGGUGCCGUCUUUAGGUGUGUCAGUGUGUGUAUUUAUGUAUACAUAGCUUCCCAAUAAUUACGAGAAACAUAGGAAACAUAACGACAAAACUGAGUUUUGUCACCACCUCAAUUAUUGCGGGAGUGUCCGAGAUAAAUCCAAGAUUUUUCCGAAACAUCAGCAAAUGAGUUUGAUUCGAAGUUAACUGUGUAUUCGGUUUCAUGUUCAUUAUUAAUGGACCCCUUACUCCCAUUAGGCCAUCAAUUGUUUCCAUCUUUCGAAGUUAUAUAUUAAAUUUAUAUAUACAUAUCCGUUAUUAUGCUUUAAAAUCAUAUUUUCUAGGGUAGACCUAAUUAUGUAUAUUAUUUAUAAUAUAACAAAUAAGACAUUUAAAAGUAUAUAAACUUUUUUAAUCUAUGUAGUUUCGCCUCAAAAAUAUAUCUAGAUCCAAAAUCAAUUCCUGGUUAUACGUCGUGCAAGACGAGAUCAUCCCUCUCCCUCGCACUAAAAUUAUGUGAAAGGUGAAGCUAAUCAACAUAAGUAAGUAUGCAUGGCAGUAGCAUCGGUCCAGUCUAGAAAUGUGUUUUUUUAAGUCUAGCAAUGUGCGCAGGUUGGUAGACUAAUACACUCUUCCAAAAUUCCAAUAUGAAUAAAAAAAGAUCUACUAGGGAGUAUGAAUUACUUGGAACAGUCGGCCACAAAUUAUUGCUUCAUUUUAUUUAGUUAAAUUUGUGUCUUGAAUUUGUAGCCAAAUUUCUUAAUCAGUAGCAAAUUCUUAUAACUUUCGGGUAUGAGAACUGAAAGUCUUUCGCCCUAUUAAGGAACGAACCUAUGCGAAAUAGAAGAGGGUAAAAGCAGACUAAAACACCAACAAACCGUAAGACAAUCUAUAUAUAUUAGUGAAUCCUGAAAAACUAUUAUACGGAUUUUUUGGUAUCGUAUCAAAAUCUGAGCGAGCUAUUUGGACAGUGGCUAUCAGGAUGAGUAUUAUACGAACUACUUUAUUAUAUUGAUGUAUGUAUUAUAGUCAGGCAUAUUAUUUAUAGUUGACCUAGUAAUUUUUGUUGAAUGAUAUUUGGUACGUCGUAUACAUACUUACAUAUUGGAAGCAUAUUGUCUGUAACGUUUUAAAUUAAUCGGCCUCUCGUCACAUAUAUAUGCCACAGUAUUAUAUUAGCCUUUUAGGUGUAGAUUAAUUGCGCAUAAAAAUGUUAACUAAUUAAUCAAAAUAAUCAAUCUGUAUAGUCUAAUCUAACAAUGUAAAAACAAUUUCUGUAUUGAAUCAACCAUCCACGGAGUUGAAAAGAAAACCAUACAAAAAUAAGAAUAAUAAUCAAGCAUAUUAUAAAGUAAUGUAAGAUUGAUUACCAAAAAAAGAAGUAAUGUAAGAUUCUCUUUUACUUAAAUUCCAUAACUAUUUUUUCUCUUACAAAGAGUUAUAUAUGUAUACUCUUGAAUGGCAGUUUACAACCUUAAUUACAUCACGGUUGCAACCCCAUUUCGUUUGAAUUUGAUAUCAAAUCAGGAGAAAAAAAAAUGUUUGACAAAAACUAGGUCCGUAUGGUUAGAGGAUUAUAAUGACCACCUAAAGCAUAAUAUUUUCCCCCAAAUCUCUGGCCAAGAAUAUUUUCAUUUACAAUAAACAUAUACCCCAUCUGUUCAGUGUUAGGGGCGGAUGCGAAGAAAUAUUUUGUAGGAGGCAAAAUUAAAAUUAUUUAAAGUUCUAAAGAUAAAUUGUUAUAAAAAGCGGGGGAUAACUGAAAUUAUUCUAUGUUUUACAUAGAAUUUUGAAAAAAGUAUUGGGGGCAGUCCCCCCCCCCUCCCAUCUUACGUAAUGUGGCUCUGCCACUCUUCGGUGUUCAUAAUCAGUGUUGUUUAAGAGUUGGGGUCAGUUGCCCCCAAACAGACUAAUCUAGUGAUUGCUUUAUUUGCUUAACGCCAAUAAUUAAAUUAUGUUAUUAUGAACUAUGAAAAAUAUUACAAAUGAUUCUACAGCUGACAAUUUUACUUGUUUUACGAAAAUUCACGUCUGACUGCAUUACCUGAGUUGUUCUAUAGAAUCCACGUUUGACGGAAUUUCUUGCUCCAUGCUGCAAAUCUCUCUUUUAAGUUUUUUCUCCAUUAAUUCGCAUAAUUUUAUCUUUUCUGGAAUUCGAAAGCCAUAUUACAUGGUGUAGAAACAUUAAUGAAUAUUUAGUCAAACUAUUAUACCAAGGGGACUUCCUCAAUCUAACAAUUGGUAUAUAUACAUAAAGAUUUUACUGAAUAAUUAUAUAAAAGUAAAUAUUUACUAAAUGAAAACGGUUAUCAGAACAAGAAAUAAGGGAAAAGUUUGGUUUGUUUCUCUAAAUGGAUAACAAUGAAACCAAAAAAGAAUAUUGGCUAAUAGUGUCCCAUGAGCUCACAACUAAGAUAUCUUGUAACUUUGGUUUUUCUUGAAACUUCCCACCAUAACUAACUGCACAUAUUACACAAGCAUGGACCCAAUAAUCUUACAAUAUUGUAAGAAACUCUAAGUUGUCAUCUUUCAUAGCUACAUGCAUGUUGUAUAUUAUUCUAUUUCCAUAUAUCAUAUAUGCUAAUUCCCCCUAUCUAUAAAUAUAUACAUAAUUAAACCUGUAUAUGUAUCUAGGCACCCCCUCCCUUUCCCUCUCCCCCUUCCUCCUCUAUUAAGCUUUUCUUUGAACAUCUGCUUACUUUUGGUGUUAUUCUCCCAGUUAGUUUGUUUUCGCAUUUAAAUAUACAUAUUAAGCUACUUAUUUAUUCACAUAAUGGGUUUGAAAGAUAUUGGGUCCAAAUUACCACCGGGGUUUCGGUUUCAUCCAAGCGAUGAAGAGUUAGUUUGUCAUUAUCUUUACAACAAGAUUAGGGCCAAAUCUGACCACGGUGAUGUUGAGGACGGUGGCGUUGAUGAAGCCUUGAAGGGUGCUACUGAUCUUGUGGAGAUUGACUUGCAUAUUUGUGAGCCAUGGCAGCUUCCUGAUGUGGCAAAGCUGAAUGCAAAAGAAUGGUACUUCUUCAGUUUUCGCGAUAGAAAAUAUGCAACUGGCUAUCGUACAAACAGAGCGACGGUAAGUGGAUAUUGGAAAGCAACAGGGAAAGAUCGGACGGUGAUGGAUCCACGAACAAGCCAAUUGGUAGGGAUGAGAAAAACACUGGUCUUCUACAGAAAUAGAGCACCAAAUGGGAUCAAAACUACAUGGAUCAUGCACGAGUUCCGUCUUGAAUGUCCAAACAUGCCACCUAAGGAAGACUGGGUCUUGUGCAGAGUAUUCAACAAAGGCAGAGACUUGUCAUUACAAGACAGUAACUAUAAAAAUGAUGAUCAUAAGACGCAAAGGUUUGAGGUCAAUGACGCUCCGGAUCUUAAUUACGCUCCUAAUUACAACAAUCAAUUGCAACCCUUACUAUCAUCCCCUCGUUCCACCACCAUCGACCCUCCACAUCAUCAUGAUCAGUGGGAGCAGCUAAUGAAGCAGCCUUCAAGGAUCAUAGACAAUACCUACCAUCACCAUUGUCAACAUCAAUCCAUAGCAUGUGGUUGGGAGCAAAUGAUGAUUGGGUCGAUGUCAUCAUCGUCGAGCCAUGGUCCUGAUCACGAGUCCUUACUUAAUUUGCUUUAUGCCGACAAAAACAACAGUGUCAACAUCGCUGCUGAUCAUCAUGAUAAGAACUAUGAGAAGAUAUUGUUGUCAUCAGACAUCGCGAGUUUAGAUCAUGACAAGACAUGUAUGGGGUCAUCAUUGGAUGUUGGUAUGGUCUCUGAUCUUCCCAUGGAAUGUGCUGGCUUGAGUUUUGAGACGGAGAACCUCCUCGCUUUCCAUUAAUAACAUAAAACUCAAAGGUUUUUACAUAUAUAUUCGCCGAUUUGUUGAUUCGUGAAAUAUACAAAUAUAGUACCUGUAGAUUUACAAAAUUUUAUGCAUGUAAGUUGUGUGGCUUUGGGUAUAGUGUUUGUGAUUCUAGGUUUUUAGGAGGUUAUUAUAAUUAGUGUUUUAGUUUUUUUGGUUAAUAUAUGUCAUCUAUUUUUAUAAAUAUUAUUGUCAUUAUAAGUUUCUUGUUGUAAAUAAUUAAUAUCAUAGGUAUUUAUCAUCUACCACUAGGCAUAUUUCAUUAA